AUGCUCUCUUUCGCUGCUGCCCUACUGUGGAGCCUCGUCUCCACGGGCAUCGCUUCGACGCAGACACCAAAUAUUACGUCCUGUUCGGCUACGCAUGUUGUGACCAUCGAUUCCAUCACCAUCACCAACGCAAGGUUCGGUCAAACAAUGAUCUUCAGCUACACGGGUCAGUUAGCUCAAGCCCUGAACGAUUCCCCAUUGCUGAAAGCGACAAUGACGGAAAAAAAUGGAGGUGGGAGAAUCCCCUGCAUUGACGACCUGGGAUCCUGUGAUUACAAGCUUUGCGGUGGCACGUCUGACGUCGAAAAGGAGAUCAGCGCAGCCUGGAACGGCACGUGUCCAGUCCCAGCCGGGAACUACAAUAGCAGCGCCUCCUUUCACAUACCUUAUCUGGCUGCACUUUUCCUAAGGGAUGGCAACGUAAACGUCAAACUGGAGAUAAUCAAUGGCGGGAUCUCUCUGGAGUGCAAUCAGUUCGACGUACGUUUCGAGAUAUGA